AUGUCUUCACCCAAGUUUGCCCGUGCUCCGCCGGAGAUAAACAUUGCCAAAAUAUCCUUCCCGGCUCCUCGUGUGCUUCUCGUUACGAUUUCGCGACCCAAGGCUCUCAAUGCUAUCGAUAUCAAGGGCAGCUGGGAGCUCCACUCGCUCUUUGAAUGGUUUGAUCAAGAACCCUCGCUAUGGGUGGCCAUCGUGACUGGAGAAGGGCGCACGUUCUCGGCGGGGGCUGAUCUGAAAGCGUGGAAUGGCGAAAUUGGAUCAGGUAGUUUUGGAGAGAUGCCGCCUUCCGGGUUUGCCGGCCUCUCUCGUCGCACGGGUAAAAAGCCGGUGAUAGCUGCAGUCAACGGCAUCGCAUACGGGGGAGGCUUCGAGGCGACAGUGAACUGCGACCUCGUCAUUGCGAGUGCAACCGCAAAGUUUUGCUUUCCUGAGGUGAAGCGUGGUGUAGCUCCGUUUGCAGGAGCCAUGCCACGUUUGGUCCGUACGAUAGGAAAGCAGCGCGCCAUGGAACUGAUGUUGACGGGACGAGUGCUUCCAGCCCAAGAGGCCAAGGAGUGGGCUCUUGUCAACGUAGUUUGUCCCGAAGGCCGAAGUGUUGUGGAUGAAGCUCUAGAGUGGGCGAAGGGAAUUGCUGAGAAUAGUCCCGAUUCUGUUAUUGUGACUCGUCAAGGAAUCAACUGGGGAUGGGAAGGCGUAGGCGCUGAUGAAGGGACUCGUAUCAGCAACAGCCUGUGGCAUCCCAAGUUGCUGGCUGGAGAUAACAUCAAAGAAGGUUUGAAGGCCUUUGUUGAGAAGAGAAAUCCUAAAUGGACUGAUAGCAAACUCUGA